AACCAAACCACUUGAUAACGUCAGUAUCCACACAGUGAUCGAGCAGACUUGACGUAAACAUGUCACAAACGGAGCCAGAGCCAACAUUAUGGGACGAGUUGACGAGCCCUGUCAAUUUCACACUUAUCCUAGUUAUUGCGUACCUUAUUUACAAGAUAGUACGAGCGAAAUUUGAACCGGAGCCCGUACCUGUUACCGUGCAGAGGUUGCCAAAGAUGCGUAAAGAUCUCACGGUACAGGAGCUAAGGAAAUACAACGGCACGCAGCCCGACGGCAGAGUUUUGCUGGCAGUUAACGGUGUGAUUUUUGAUGUGACCAGGGGGAAGUCGUUUUAUGGGCCCGGAGGUCCAUAUGCAGCUUUUGCGGGCACUGAUGCUACGCGUGGUCUAGCGACGGGCACCGUCGCUGGUUCAGACAAAGACUACGAUGACGUGAGCGACCUUACGCCUGACGAGGUUUCUGCCGCCAAGGAGUGGGAGGAACAGUUCACUGGAAAGUAUGACAUCGUGGGGCGUCUGCUCAAACCCGGAGAGACGGCCAAACAGUACAGCGACGAUGAGUCUGAAGCCAAGACAGAAGAUAAGAAAUCACAGUAGACCAUAAUUUAACAGUUAUUAAAUAUUUACGUUGUUCCCUUUUGAAUAAUUUUAUACAUGUAUGACUCGCGAUUGCAUGAUGCUAUCAUCUAUCUCUUUCUAUUAAGCACUGUUAAAACAUGACAGAAUUUAUCUUGCCGAGUAACAAUCGAUUAUAUAAAAUGCAAAUCCGAUUACGCGAAUUUCAAUUGUUACGCUACGUAUCACUAUAAACUUUUUUGUUCCAAAACACGGCUUCUCAACAAGGUGUCGUAAUGACCAUAUUUUGAGAAAUAAUAUAUAUAAACCAUGUUUCGAAAUAAAAAUGUUUAUAGUGACGCAGUAUACGCACAUUGCUCACCUUUAAUGAUAAUAUGCAUUUUGUUAUACUUAUAGACUGAUUUUAAGUAUAGUGAUAUGGUUUUCAAAGCCUAUGUAACACAGUUUUAUGUAUGUUUAACUUUAUCAUCGUCUUGUUGUUUUUUUACUACUUAAUAAGUUGGCGGAUCAGGGGAUAGUAGGACAAGUUACGUUACGUUAGAUUUAUAACAACUUAAUUUGUUUUAAUACAUAGGAGGAAAUAAUAGUGUUUUCGUAGCAAAAUUUUGUACUAUUAAAACAUUAUUAUAAAAA